CACAAUCCCACCUCUCUGUCUCUCUCCUCUCUGCCACUUUAUCUUCAGCAAGGGCUUCCCACUGGGAUAAUAUUCUCUCUCUGUCUUUCACGCACAUUAAUCAGUCAUUCUCUCGUUCUCUCAUUUCUCUUCCUCAUUAUUUGACACUUUUUCUCCAUCCUCCAUUCUGUCAUCUUCCUCCUUCACCUCCCUGUCCUCCUCCUUUAUCACUCCUGUUCUGCUGCUCACCAGCUGGAGAACUCACAGGACGCUGGAGGACAGGUUUGAGACCAACAGGCUGACAGAAGAUGGCAUUUCUGAGGCAUGAGAUUACGGUUAUCUUAUCCCUGUGGGCUUCUCUCCUUUAUGUUGCACAAAUGUCUCUUCCACUGGUGGCAGAAGCACCUAAAAGAAGCCAGUACAUCUGGAAUACAGGUGCAUGGGGCGUAUGUGUGGCCAGUGAUUGUGGCUCCGUCGGGCUCCAGAGUCGCUCGGUGUGGUGUGUCCAUUCUGAAGGCUGGAGCACUCAUCAGUCCAAUUGCUUUCCAUCUGACCGGCCACCACACCAGCGAGUGUGUGUGAAGAUGUGCGAAUGGCAAAAGGAUCUGUUUGAGUGGCGCUUGUCUCCUUGGGGUCCCUGCACCCCGAGUCCUCUCCUCCCAGCCAAUCGAUGUGUGACCGCUCAGCGUGGAGUACAAAAGCGAGAUGUGGUGUGUGUGAAGCGUACUAACAGCACCAGCGUGAGCCUGCAUGUGUGUGAAGCGUUUUCUUCACCUCCAGAAAGAGAGCAGGCGUGUUUGUUACCCUGCCCGAUCGACUGCGUCGUCUCCGCCUUCACCCACUGGUCCACCUGCAGUCGCACCUGCGGGUCGGCCCUCCAACAGCGCACCAGGCAUGUGCUGGCAACACCCCUGUAUGGAGGAGCAGACUGUCCCAUCCUCACCCAGACACGUCCCUGUAACCAUGACAACGCCCACCCUGCCCCUUGUCCCUCUGACCAACAGGAAUACAGUUACAGUUUGUGGGUGGGGCCCUGGAGCCCUUGCAGACUUAAAGGGACGGCACCUAUUGGAAAGACAACGGUGGACUUCAAUUUCGGGCAUGAUGGGAAAAAAACAGUCAAGGCUCCAUUCACGAUCAAACGCCACACCGAGAGCAUUCCCCACCAAAAUCAUUAUGAGGAAAGUGGCCACAAAGUAUCCUGGGAAAUCACUAUUGGCUAUCAGACUUGGCAACUGCGCUGCACGAGGAGUGAUGGGAAGAAUGCCAUGCUAAGCCUCUGUGACCAUGACAACAGCCCGGUAAACUUUCGUUCAUGUGUGAUGCCCAGAGACUGUAAAGUGUCUAAUUGGUCACGGUGGAGUCCAUGUUCAAAGACGUGCCAGACAUCUGACCAAUCACCUGGCUUCAGAAGCAGGAGCCGCAGCCUGAAGAGAGCAGCCAUUGGUGGAGGAGAGCCAUGCCCCGCCCUGGAAGAAAAAGCAAACUGUAACAUUCUGGAAGACACACUGCCACUCUGCCCAAGGUAUGAGUGGAGGGUGACCAAUUGGAAUCCAUGCCAGGUGACCCCUCUUUUGAGUCAGCAGGACCAUCGCUACAGCAACGCCAGUGUCCUGUGCGGAGGCGGGAUCCGGACCCGAGAGGCUUAUUGUGUCAGGAUCCAUGACAUCACAGUACCAUCCCAUAUCAAUCGGCCUGUUGGCAGGAACUUGUGCACUGGUCCUUUACCACCAUUGGCUGAGUCUUGCUUCAUUCCCUGUCAGAAACAUUGUCCCCUCACGCCUUGGUCACCCUGGGGACCCUGUCUCCAUGACAACUGUUUCGAACCCCAGGGGAAAAGAGGUUUCAGAAUAAGAACUCGUUCUGUAAUUACCGAGUCUUGGGUGGAGUUCGACAGUUGCCCUCACGUCAACGAAGCGAUGAUCUGCGAUGACCCCUUCUGCUUCCAGUGGCGAGUGACAUCACAGGGGCCAUGUGUUCCACGAAAUGGAUUGUGUGGCCCUGGAUCCCAAGAACAGACUCUGGAGUGUUUGUCCGCCACAGGGGAGCCAGUAGAUGGUAAUCAAUGCCCAGGAGAUCCUCCCCCAGUCGGACAGCCAUGUGAGAUGCCCUGUCCUGGGGACUGUGUGCUGGGACACUGGGGUUCCUGGACAUCCUGUUCCCAAUCCUGCUCCAGUAAACACACAGAGGGGAAACAAAGUCGUUCACGUCUUGUUCUGGCUCUUCCUGGGAAGCAUGGAAAGCCAUGUCCUCCGGCUCCUGAGCUGCAGCAGUGGAGAGCCUGCAGCACGCACCCAUGCACAGUGCACUACUGGGAUACUUCACCUUGGCAUCCCUGUGUGCCAAACACCAUCACAGACAAGAGUGACGCUAACAGCACAGCCCAGAUGGAGAAUGAUGCCACCUGUGGUACGGGGGUACAGAUGCGCCAAGUCACGUGCAGGAGAGCUGGGAACGGACACGUACUGCCAAAACGGUGUCCUGAAUCCUCUCGUCCUGACACGAUACGGUCUUGCCCGUUACCUUGCAAAACUGACUGCAUCAUCACACCUUUUAGUGAAUGGAGUCCCUGUCCCUCUUCCUGUUUAUCAGUGAAUGCUACUGCCCCAAACCAGUCUCGUCAUAGGAUUAUCAUCCAGAGACCCGCUAACGGAGGUCAAGAGUGCCCGGACACUCUUUUUGAGGAGAGAGAAUGUGAUCCACCUCCUCUGUGCCCAACUUACAGAUGGCAGACCCACCGCUGGCAUCAGUGUGUUCUGGUACCUGAUUCGGUGAGGCAGGCUGUGGGUGGGCCCGUAGAGGCAUGCGGCGUUGGCCUCGAGACAAGAGAGGUGUCGUGUGUUGGUGCAGACGAUUCUCCAGCAGAUAUGACAGACUGCGUGAGGUGGGCAGGAGUGAUGCCCGUCCCGGUGAGGGAGUGUCGUGUGCCAUGUAGAGAUGAAUGUAGCUUCACCUCCUGGAGCAGAUUCACCCAAUGUCAAGGCUGUGGAAGUUGGCGCACUCGUACCCGUUCUCUGAUAGGUCGUAGUAAGAAGCGCUGGCGAUGCCAACAGGAGGAAUUGUUUCCUCUCAUGGAGAAAGAAGCUUGUCCUUGUUCAGAAUUUCACACCAAGCCUCAGGGUCCCUGGUCUCCUUGCUUGCUUUCACCAGCAAAGAAUAUUGCUGGCCAUCCUUUCAUCCAAGGGGUUUCCCACCAAAGCCAAAAGACAGUCCAGGACUGGCGAGCUCAGAGGAAGGGCAGCGAGUGUGGACACGGAAAGCGCUACAGAGCUCUGGCCUGUCUCGAUCACCUGGGGAAACUUGUGGAUCCAGAUCUUUGUAGCAGCCCUGGUUAUGAAGAAGAAGUGUGUCAUGUGCCCUGUUUUACGGACUGUAAGCUGAGCGAGUGGUCGAAUUGGUCCGCCUGCAGCGCCUCCUGUGGUGGGGGUGUGAAAGUUCGCUCUCAGUGGCUACGAGAGAAGCCUUUCAAUGGAGGUCGACCCUGCCCAAAACUCAAUUACAAAAAUCAGGCUCAGGUGUCUGAGGUACUUCCCUGUUACUCUGACUGCAGUCAGUAUGUGUGGGAAGUGGAGUCCUGCUCCAUGUGCAUCAUCACCCCACCAAACAAUCUCACAAACACUGGAUCGACACAGGCUUCAUGUGGAGAGGGUUUCCGGACCUGCAAAAUCCACUGCUUGAAAAGGGGAGGAGAAAACCAGGAUGAGGUUGUGGAUGACUCACUAUGUGCCCAGGAGGAACAGCCAAUCACAGCUGAGACCUGUCUACUGCCGUGCCCCGCCCACUGUGUGACAUCAGAGUGGAGCCAGUGGAGCAAAUGUACCGUGGAUUGUAAUGCUGGUGAUUUGAGGUGGAGGAGUAGGUCUGUUUUGAGGUGGCCAGAAGGAGAUCAUUCCUGCCCUGAUCUAAACCAGACUCAAUCCUGUAUCAAUAUGACCUGUCUCAAAUACUCCUACGUUUACUCAGACUGGAGUAGCUGUCAGCUCAGUGAAAACGCAGUGUGUGGCCGGGGGAUUAAGACUCGACUCCUGAACUGUGUCCGCAGCGAUGGGAAGCUGGUGGAACUGAGCAUGUGCAAAGAGUUGGGUCCUUCACGUGGAAAGCUCUCUGCCCCCUGUGAGGUGGGCUGCCCUGUUAAUUGCCUGAUUACAGAGUGGUCCACCUGGUCAGAAUGUUCACACACCUGUGGAAGCCAAAGUCAAAUGACACGUUCCAGGGUCGUUCUGCAGCCUGCUAGUGAGGGAGGUCGUCCCUGUCCAUCUCAACUCUCCCAGACCCGCCCCUGUCCCAUUAAGCCCUGCUACAGCUGGAGAUGGGGGGACUGGAGACCAUGCAGGGUUGAGGGCGCUGACUGUGGCGAGGGAGUAAGUCGGAGGGAAAUAUCCUGUGUGGUGCAUUGGGGUUCUCUUUCAGGUCCUCCUCAGCCCGUUCCGGUGGAUGAUAAGAUGUGUGUCGGAAAUUCACAGAGCAAAGUCAGUGAGACGGAGUUAUUGCAGCCCUGCACAAUCCCUUGUCCAGGAGAAUGUCACCUAACCAAGUGGUCACCAUGGAGUUCAUGUCAGCUACUGUGUUUGGAUGGGCGUAGUUUUGAGACGUGGGGUCGACAGGCUCGUUCUAGAGCCGUAGUCACACAAGUCCUGGAGAACCAAGAUUCCUGUCCCAGCCAGAUGUAUGAGACACGGCCAUGCCAAGGAGGAACGUGUCUUAGUUAUGAAUGGAUGACGGGUGAGUGGAGGCAUAACCGUAGGCUGGUGUGGUGCCAGCGCUCUGACGGAGUCAACGUCACGGGAGGCUGCAUCUCUCAGAACCAGCCAUCUGCGGUACGGCAGUGUCACCCUCCCUGCAACAAACCCUUCUCCUUCUGCACACAGAAUGGAGUUUGUGGUUGCGAGAAGGGUUUCACAGAGGUCAUGACCUCUCAUGGGUUCCUUGACUACUGUACCAGAACCCCAGGGUUGGACCAUAAGAAGGCAGAUGUAAAAACCCUCGCAGGACGUCUUAGACCAGAGCACACUCGGAACAAGAACCUCAUCAAGGACUGGGCACUACAGCCUCUUGGACCAGAUGGGCGAGUCAAGUUGUGGGUAUAUGGGCUGAUGGCAGCUGGGUUUGUUGUGAUCCUCCUCCUCAUCAUGAUGUCCUUCCUACUGUGUAAGAACCCAGUGGACAGUCCCAGCAGCAGUCCGCAGAAAGCACUGGCUCUGGCAUAUGAUGGGGACAUGGAUAUGUGAGUCCACCAUGGGUAUGCAAUGCAAAUAAAUGCUCAAAACAGACGUCUGGCAUCAUUCUGGCCACAAGCUGAGCAUGACAGAGAUGGUGUUGUCUGGAGAACUGAUGUUUAAGCAGCACAAAAACUGAACAGGAGGCUGUCGGGAGAACUUGGAAAAUGGCAUACAGCCGUGUGAAUCAGAAUCAUGUCUACAGCCCUCAUUGCGUGAGUGCCUGUCUGUGUGAAGAUCUGUGUGUGCAUGUGUUAAUCAGAGAGUUUGUUUAAUGCCCAUUAUGAGGAGAUUGUUCUGUACACGUUAAAGGAAUUGUUCACUCAUAAAAGAUUUUCUUUUUUUUUUCAAGCACUCAUGUCAUUCCAAACCCGUAUUAAUUUCUAUCUUCUGUCAAACACAAAAGGAGAAUUUCUAAAGAAUAUCUUAGCCACUCUUUUUAUACAAUCAGUCGUAUUGAACCACUUUUAUGAAUCUUUUGUGUCUACUACCGGUAUUUUAAAUGCUUGAAAGCUUUGUUUCCAUUCGGUGCAUGAAAACGAGCAACCGGAGCAUUCUUAAAAACAUUUCAUUAAAAUUCCUUACGUUCUGCAGAAGAAAGUCAGUCAUACGAGUUUGAAACUACAUGAGAGUGAGAAAGUGAUGACAGAAUUUUCAUUUUUGGGUGAACUAUCCCUUUAAGAAACCCCUUCAAAGGGAUAUUUUCUGAUGCACUACAUUAGUGCCAUCUUAAGUGCCAUAUUUAUUCAUUUAUUUAUGUUUUAAAACCUAUAUAGCCUUUAAAAAUUGCCUCCCUAUUUGAAUGAUUUAGGUUUUAAACAACAAUGUUUUGAUUUCACCCAUGAUCAGCUUUGAAGGAUUUAAAAUGCUUUGUUACCCCUGAUAAGGUUGUGAUGUUCUUUUGUAAUGUGUAUACUGUAAUGUGAAUAUUUUCUAUCUGUGUCUUUGAGUGGUUUAUAAAUAAAUCUGAAUCUCAGAGAGGAGUGUUAUAUUUAAAUAA